CGUGUCAUAUAAUAUUUUUCUAAUUUCUAAUUAAAUUACGAUAUUCUUACACUUAUUUAAUAAUUUCUUUCAACAUAAAAAUUAGAAUUUCAAUCUUUUUACAAAUUUGGACGUGGAGGCAUCAAACCCUGGCUUGAAAAGCUUUUCCUUGAUUAAGAGGGAGGGAAUUGGGUGACACCGACGUUUAUAAAUACGACGUCGUUUUUUCAAAUGGUUUCUGCUUCUGCUAAAGUUAAGAGAAGUUGAAGUCUCUCUUUCUCUCUCCCCUUUCCCCACCCUAGGGCUUCUUCGAUGUCCUCUCUGGUUUCCGGAGCUGGGAGAAUCGAACCCUGAGGUUUUGCUUAAUCGUAAAAAGGCAGGCAGCAGAUACUUUUGGUGGGUCGGAGUUGGCAAUUCCUGGGCCUGAUAGUGUUGUGUUCUAUCUUUCAUUUUGUCAUAUAUUUGAGAAAGUUUACUUACAGGUUUCCAGUAUGACUCUGGAUAGAAGCAGAAGCCCACCACAAGCCAAGAGGCUUCGUAGCAGUGACCGUGCUUCUUACCAAGACGCACCUUACCCAAGGGAUCAUCGAGUUCACCGGCAAGAUUAUCUGUGCAAUAAAUGUAAGAGACCAGGGCAUUUUGCCAGAGAUUGCCCAAAUGUGACUGUAUGCAACAACUGUGGCCUUCCUGGCCACAUAGCUGCUGAGUGUAACUCAACAACCAUGUGUUGGAACUGUAAAGAGUCUGGACAUCUUGCGAGCCAAUGUCCUAAUGAUCCAGUGUGCCAUAUGUGUGGCAAAAUGGGUCACCUGGCUCGGGAUUGCUCAAGCCCAGGUCUACCCGCUCAUGAUGCGAGACUCUGCAACAACUGCUACAAGCCAGGCCACAUUGCUGCGGACUGCACCAAUGAGAAGGCUUGCAACAACUGCCAUAAAACUGGCCACCUCGCUCGAGACUGCCUCAAUGAGCCUGUCUGCAACAUCUGCAAUAUAUCAGGUCAUGUAGCCCGCCAGUGCCCAAAAUCAAGGCUGGUGCCAGAGACAGGAGGCCCUUUCCGUGACAUAACAUGCCACAACUGUGGGCAGCCAGGCCAUAUCAGCCGUGACUGUGUAUCCAUUGUCAUCUGCAACAACUGUGGUGGGAGAGGUCAUCAGUCAUUUGAGUGUCCUUCAGUCCGAAUGUUUGACCAUGUUGUGCGCAGGUAUUGACCAGCCACUUAUAGGAAUCUUUCAUGGGAACUACAUUUUGUUUUGUUGUAAUACAUUUAGAUUGCGAAUUGAUCGAUCUUAAAUGAGAGGUAUAAGCGUCUGAUUCCUCUUUCA